AUGAGUAGCUGGUUCAGGAUCACGUACUUGUGCGACGUCUCUGAAGCCGCCUUGAAGCACUGCGCAGCCAAGAUACCAGGCACUGUCAAAACAACCCGGGAUCCGGAGCACCUUUGCGCCUCAGAAGACGUUGAUGUCAUUUUGGUAGCAAGUUCAGACGAGUACCACGCAGAGCAUGCCCUGGCUGCUCUGAAGCAUCACAAACAUGUGCUCGUUGAGAAGCCGCUGGCUUUGACAAGGCAGGAUAUCGGUACGAUUGCUGAGGCCGAACGUCAGAGUCGAGGCUCUGUCAUGGUGGGCUAUAUGAGACGGUACGCUGCACCCGUUGAGGACGCCAUAAGGGAGAUUGGCGGGAUGGACAAAAUUCUCUAUGCCCGUGUCCGAGACAUCAUCGGGGCCAACUCGACCUUUGUGAAUCAGUCCGGGACAUUUCCGGAAAGGUUUACCGAUUUCAGGCUGGAGGAUUCGGCUGAUAAAACAGCAAGACAUGAACAAGCUGUCAAUGCUGCACUUGCAGAGUGUGGAGACGUUCCAGUCACAAAAGAAUCGUCUCUGGCGUGGCGAAUCCUUUGUGGGCUUGGAUCUCAUGACCUCUCACUGAUGCGAGAAGUACUGGGAAUGCCAACCAGCGUUCAGGGCUCCUCUCUUGGCUUUCCCUUUUGGAAUGUCCUCUUCAAGUAUCCUGGCUUCACUGUCUCUUAUGAGUCUGGAAUUGACAAUAACCCUCGCUUUGACGCACAUCUUGAGGUUUAUAGUAACACCAAGUCAGUCCGCCUGCAAUACGACACACCAUAUGUCAAGGGGCUGCCGGUCACCAUGCACAUCGCGGAGAACGACGAUGGAGCGUAUAAGGAGACUACAAUUCGCAAGACGUACGAGGAUCCUUACACCCAUGAGCUCAAGGAGUGUGCCGAGAUCGCUCGGGUUCACUCGUUAAACGCUUGCAGUGACGAGAAGGGACCCGAAGCUGCAGCCGCCAACGCCGCAAGUCCAGCAGACACGGGAACCUCCGGCGCAUUGACCGCAGGCUCGCUUCUGAAGAGCGUCACGCUCAGCGAUGCCUCGGGCAGCGUUGGCAGCGGCAUCAGCCUCGAUAGCAGGGGCGGCCAUGGCGCCAACGGCCAGGGCAGUGAAGAUGAUGGCGAAGAACUUCAUUUCGAGAGAUUUUGA